AGCGAGAGGCAGCAGCAGAGAGGGAGAGGGAGGAGGCGAGGAGCAGGAUGCAGACGAGGAGUUAGGAGGCUUGGGGGAGCUUGAUGAAAGAAACGGAGAGGGGGUGUGGAUUCGAAACCAAGAGGGAACCCGGGGGCCAGCAGAGGCAGACAGGAGGAUCAGGAGGUAGAGGGAGAGUGGAGGUUUGGGGGCCGGGAGGAGCGCUGAGAAAGCAGAGGAGCGGGCCAGGGGUGCAAGUCCCUGGCAUUUGGGGAGCGAGGCUCCCAGUGGGGAGGAAGGCUGAAGUCCUGGAGGAACAAAUCUCCGACAGGGGAGGGUGUAGCUGAGGGGGGGCAGGGCAGCGGGAAGGGGUCGCUCCGAGGCCUCCCGGGGAUGGGGGGUGCAGCUCGUCUGAGCGCCCCGCGAGCGCUGGUACUCUGGGCUGCCAUGGGGGCGGCAGCGCACAUCGGACCAGCACCUGACCCUGAGGACUGGUGGAGCUACAAGGAUAAUCUCCAGGGAAACUUCGUGCCAGGGCCUCCCUUCUGGGGCCUGGUGAACGCAGCCUGGAGUUUGUGUGCCGUGGGGAAGCGGCAGAGCCCCGUGGAUGUGGAGUUGAAGAGGGUCCUUUAUGAUCCCUUUCUGCCCCCCCUGAGGCUCAGCACUGGGGGAGAGAAGCUCCGGGGAACCCUGUACAACACUGGCCGCCAUGUCUCCUUCCUGCCUGCACCCCGGCCUGUAGUCAAUGUGUCUGGGGGUCCCCUCCUUUAUAGCCACCGACUCAGCGAACUGAGACUCCUGUUUGGAGCUCGAGAUGGAGCAGGUUCUGAACACCAGAUCAACCAUCAGGGCUUCUCUGCUGAGGUGCAGCUAAUUCACUUCAAUCAGGAACUCUAUGGGAAUCUCAGUGCAGCCUCCAGGGGGCCCAAUGGCCUGGCCAUUCUCAGUCUCUUUGUCAAUGUGGCGGGUAGCUCAAAUCCAUUCCUCAGUCGCCUCCUCAACCGGGACACCAUCACCCGCAUCUCCUACAAGAAUGAUGCCUACUUUCUUCAAGACCUGAGCCUGGAGCUCCUGUUCCCGGAAUCCUUUGGCUUCAUCACCUACCAGGGAUCUCUCAGCACCCCACCCUGCUCUGAGACCGUCACCUGGAUCCUCAUUGACCGGGCCCUCAAUAUUACCUCCCUACAGAUGCACUCCCUGAGACUCCUGAGCCAGAAUCCUCCAUCCCAGAUCUUCCAGAGCCUCAGCGGUAAUGGCCGGCCCCUGCAGCCUUUGGCCCACAGGGCCUUGAGGGGCAACAGGGACCCCCGGCACCCUGAGAGGCGCUGCAGAGGCCCCAACUACCGCCUGCAUGUGGAUGGUGCCCCCCAUGGUCGCUGAGACUCCCCAUCGAAGAUUGCGUCCGGCCGUCCCAAACCUCCCUAAGAGGGGAGGCGAGUUACCCCAAAACAAAUCUAUUAAAGGGACAGAAUAUUUCCUGUUUCUCAGUGGUCUGAUUGUAAGGCGCGGUGAGGGAAAUAAUGGAUAUUAAAGAACUAAGGUCUUCCUCCCAAAACCAA